AUGAAGUCGUCCGUCUUCGCCGUGGCCCUGCUGGCCGCCCUCGUCCAUGCCGCCCACGUUGGCGCCGAGGAAAAGAUCCCGCCAGGCCAUCCGCCGUCGCACAACCCGUCGUUGCACAACCUCCCAGAGCCCGCCGCGGCCCAUUCUCCCAUGGCCACGGCUCCCCAUGACGCGCUCUGCGCAAUGAAGCUCCCCUUUCUUCUCUUGUCUGCCGCCGUGGCGUCCCCCCGAACCGCCGUCGCUGACGCCCAAUGUCCGCUGCAGCCCGAUGCGCAACCCCUCGCCUUCUCGCCUCCUCACUAUCCGUCGCCGUGGAUGGAUCCCGACGCCGACGGCUGGCAGGAGGCCUACGCCAAGGCCAAGGCCUUCGUCUCCCAGAUGACGCUCGUCGAAAAGGUCAACAUCACGACGGGCAUCGGGUGGGUCAACGGCCCCUGCGUUGGCAACGCCGGCUCCGUGCCCAGGCUGGGGCUCAAGUCCCUCUGCAUGCAGGACGGUCCCCUCGGCCUGCGCCUCGCCGACUACAACAGCGCCUUCCCCGUCGGCGCCACCUCGGGGGCCACCUGGAGCAGGCAUCUCUGGAGGGACCGCGGCAAGGCCAUGGGCGACGAGGCCAGGGGCAAGGGCAUCGACGUCCUCCUCGCCCCCGUCUCCGGACCCAUCGGACGUGCACCCGAGGGCGGUCGCAACGCCGAAGGCUUCGGCUCCGAUCCCUGCCUGCAGGGUCAAGCCUUGGCCGGCACGACCCGCGGCAUCCAGGAGGCCGGCGUCGUUGCCUGCGCCAAGCACUUCAUCGCCAACGAGCAGGAGCACUUUAGGCAGGCCGGAGAGAACAACAAGCUGACCGAGGCUCUGUCGUCCAACGUCGACGACAAGACCAUGCACGAGCUCUACGCCUGGCCCUUUGCCGACGCCGUCAAGGCCGGCCUCGGCUCCAUCAUGUGCUCGUACAACCAGGUCAACAACUCGUACGCCUGCCAAAACUCCAAGCUCAUCAACGGCAUCCUCAAGGCCGAGAUGGGCUUCCAGGGCUUCGUCAUGAGCGACUGGCAGGCCCAGCACACCGGCGCCGCCUCGGCCGUCGCCGGCCUCGACAUGACCAUGCCCGGCGACACCCUCUUCAACUCGGGCGUCAGCUACUGGGGCGCGAACCUGACCCUCGCCGUCGUCAACGGCACCGUGCCCGCCUGGCGCCUCGACGACAUGGCCAUGCGCGUCAUGGCCGCCUUCUUCAAGGCCGGCAAGACCAUCGAGAACCAGGUGCCCACCAACUUCCACUCGUGGACCCGUGAUGCCUACGGCUGGGACGACCAGACGGCCAAGGAGAACUGGGGCCACGUCAACAAGCUCGUCGACGUCCGCGCCGACCACGCCCAUCACAUCCGUCUGUCCGCCGCCAAGGGCACCGUCAUCCUGAAGAACACGGGCGUCCUUCCCCUCGGCAGGCCAAAGUUUGUCGCCGUCAUCGGCGAGGAUGCCGGACCCAACCCCAAGGGCCCCAACAGCUGCCCCGAUCGCGGCUGCAACGAGGGCACCCUCGCCAUGCUCUGGGGCUCGGGCACCUCCAACUUCCCCUACCUCGUGACCCCCGACAGCGCGCUGCAGCGCCGGGCCAUCGAGGACGGCACCCGCUACGAGAGCGUCCUCACCAACUACGCCUGGGACGAGACCAAGGCGCUCGUCACCCAGCCCGACGUGACGCCCAUCGUCUUCGCCAACGCCAACAGCGGCGAGGGGUACAUCACCGUCGGCGGCAAUGCCGGAGACCGCAAUAACCUGACUCUCUGGAAGAACGGCGACGACCUCAUCCGGAACGUUUCCUCGCUCAACCCCAACACCAUCGUCGUCCUGCACACCGCCGGACCUGUCGUGCUCACCGAGAUGCGCAAGAACCCCAACAUCACGGCCAUUGUCUGGGCAGGCAUGCCCGGCCAGGAAUCCGGCAACUCGCUGACGGACAUCCUGUACGGCAAGACGAGCCCCGGACGCUCUCCCUUUACCUGGGGCCCCUCGCGCGAGAGCUACGGCGUCGACAUCAUGUACGAGCCCAACAACGGCAACGACGCGCCCCAGCAGGAAUUUUCCGAGGGCAGUUUCAUCGACUACCGCUACUUCGACAAGAUGGCACCGAGCCAGGAGCACGCCGGUGCGCCCGUGUACGAGUUUGGCUAUGGGCUGUCAUGGUCGACGUUUCAGUACUCGCAGCUCAAGGUGCAGAGGCACCACGCGUCUCGGUACGAGCCCACCGGCGGCCUGACCGCGCCGGCACCGACGUUUGGCAACUUCAGCACCGACCUGAGCGACUACGCCUUUCCCAAGAACAUCCGCUACUUCUACCAGUGGAUCUACCCCUGGCUCAACACGACCAAGUCGGGCAAGGAGGCUUCCACCGACCGCCACUACGGCAAGAAGGCCGACGAGUUUCUGCCGCCCAAGGCGACGGACGGCAGCCCCCAGCCCAAGCUGCCGGCGUCUGGCGCUUCCGGUGGCAACCGCCAGCUCUGGGACGUGCUGUUCACGGUGACGUGCGUCAUCAAGAACACGGGCAACCGCACGACGGAUGAGGUGCCGCAGCUAUAUGUCAGCCUAGGCGGCCGCGACGAACCCGUCAAGGUUCUGCGCGGAUUCGAGCGCCUCGAGAACAUUAAUCCCGGUGAAUCGGUCAAGUUCUCCGCCAAGCUGACGCGUAGGGACCUGAGCAACUGGGACGUCGUGAGCCAGGAUUGGGUCGUUACCAAGCAUCCAAAGAAGGUGUGGGUCGGCAGCAGCUCGAGGAAUUUGCCCCUGAGUGCCGAGCUUCAGUGCUAA